AUGAGUCGCCCGCAGGUCUCCUCUGACCUCCACCGCAUGGUCUCCGGGGCCGUUGAGGGGGUGAGUAGCAGAGGCCGGCCCUCAGGUGAGCCUCUCUGGACCUCACAGGGGCCGGGCAGGGGGCUUCCGACGCCUGAGAUGCUCCGGAAAGGUGAGCCCGGUUUGCUCCAUUGGGAAGCGGUGCCAGGAGAGCGGGCGCAAGCGGGCACUGCGCCAUGUGCUGCCCACCUCUUUCCCCAGCCCACGGGGCACCUGGCUCAGCCCCUCCAGUCCUGUGUGGGGCAGAGCUCAGAACAGAGCCCGGGGUGAAGCUGGGCUCUAACGGGCAAAAUCGCAGCAGCAUGGAGGGCACGGGAAGAGCUCUGCCAGUUGAAUUUCUGCCUGCCGUGUAACCCUCAGACGCGCAGGAUGAGGCCUGCCAGGGAAGGGAAGGAGCCGUGGGGCAGCCCCUGCUUUGCAGUGCGCCAGCCGCCCCCUGCCCCCCCUUCAAGCCCCCAAAAGCCUUAUCAGGAAGCCCUGUGGAACUGCUGCCUGCUGGGACCUUGCAGGAACGGUCAGGAAUCCCAGGCCGACCCACAGGCCUCCUGGGAGAUGGGGAGAGCAGUGUAUGCUGGGAUAUGUGUCCUCGCCCCCUUGGUCAAGGUGGGGCUGGUGCAGAGGUCCAGAGCAGGCUGGGGGGGGGGGAGAACUUGCUGACCCCCUUCCUGCGGCUGACCUUUUGCAGCACCCCCAGAACUGAGUUCCCAGGAUGUAGCUCCAGAGCAUGUGCAAAGUGCUCCAGCCCUUUAAUUGGGUGGGGGGAUUGCAGCGGGGGGGGGAGCUUUCUCCUCCCUCCCUCCCACCCACCCGCUGCUGCCUGCCUGGUUUGGCCCCCUCCCCUCACAUCAGCCCCACUUCCUGGCAGGGGCAGGAUGGAGGGCAGCAGGUGGGGCAUCGUCAACACCCCCUUGAAAUGGCAAUGCCUGUCGACUUUGGGGGUCCCGGUCCCCUCGAAUAUUUUAUGGGGGGGGCCAAAGGGGCCGCGAUCCCAGGAGCUGGCUCCUAUGGCCCUGGGGGGACCCAGCCGCCAGCCCACCUCCUGCCCCACUGGGAACCGCCUGCUCUGAACUCCUGUGGGGUUAAUGAUUAACCCUUUGCAUGGCUGCCUGCUCCCCGGUCCCCCCCCCCAACUGGGCGAGUCCCGUGACCCAGGAAGGAGCGUCUGGGAGGAGGCGGCAGGGCUGGGCGCUGCUGGGACCCCCCCUUCCUCCCCCCAAACACACACACACACACACACACACACACACACACACACCCUGGGCUGCCAUGGACUUCUUGCUCUGCCCACAGGUAAGGCCAACCCCCCAGUCGCUGCCAGGCUGAAGGAUGCCACCUGGUCGCCUGGGGAGGCCUGGGUGCCGGGGGGGGGGAAUGGAGGGGAGGGGGCGGCAGGGGGGUCUCCUGACGCCCACAGGGUGGGAACACCAGCUCUCAUCUCCCAUGGUGCAAUUCCUGCCUGGGGGGCAUUUCAGCAAAGGAGAAGGGGGCUGGGAGGUUCCCCCCCCCCUCAAGUGAGGGCGUGUGGUGGGGGCAGACUUUCACCAGAGGCCGGGAGUUCCCCUGUCUUGGGGGCCAAGCACUGCUUGCUGGGUGGGGGGCAGGAAGAGGAGAGACCCCCUCCUGGGUGACUUGGAGAGGGAGGUGGGGGGAAAGGGAGAAGCUGGGAGGACUAAUUCAGCAGCACGUUCUCUGUGGAACUCCCUGCCACUUGACGCCAGCCAGGUGCCUUCUCUGAUUGGUGCCCGCUUGGCAGCCCUUUCGCUCAGAGUUCAUUUCAUUCGUUUCCACUGUUAGUUUUAGUGCUUUACAGCCCUUUUAAACUCUUUACGGACAACUUUAACGUUUCUCGUAAACCACCCGGAGAUGUUUUACGACCAGAUGGCUUUUCAGAUGCAAAUUAAACAAAACGGGUUUAGAUGGGACCCCAAAGUGAAUCUCUCUGGAAUCUCCCCUGGCGCCACCCUUGCGAGGGAGGCCGCUGGGAGCGUCAGCGGGGGGUCAUGGCCCAAUCUCUAGGGCCACCCAGCCCAGGGUACCUCUUGCCCUUGGCUCCAUGGGGGCGUGGGCUCUUGCCUGUGCUGUGGAGACGGAAAGCACUCUGUACAUGCUCAGAGGCACGCGCCAUUAUUGCCACAUGUUCCAGGACUUACAUGGUGGCAUGGGGGGGGGGUUGCUCCUCUUUGGGGCCCUCCAGAGGGGGACCCUAAGCCCUGCUGGGCUUCUUGGGGGGGUUGCCAGGGGCCCCUAUGAGUGGCAGGGAUGGGCUGGGGGGGCCUGUCCCAGGAUAUUCCUGCCCUCCCCCUUGGGCAAGUUAGGGGCCUUUCUGUGCACCCCCUCUUGAGAAAUGGGGACUUAGAGGGACCCCGAGGGUCAUCCAGUCCAACCCCUGCAAUGCAGGAUUCGCACCCGGAGCAUCCCUGGCCGAUAGAAAUGCAAAAACUCUCCCGCGGAGGAGAUCCUCUUACCCGCCCAGCCUCGGGGGCUCCGGGGGGGGCAGCCAGCCCCUCCCUGUGCAGCACUUUGGGGGGCCAGGAAGCAAUGCCCCCCCUCUCCUCGGGAGCCUCCCUGCCGCUGUCACCUUGAGUCCUGGGGGGGGGGGACCUCCUCCUUCUCCUCCUCCCCCCCUCCUGCCGGCUAAUCUGCUCGGGUGUCUGCCGGCGCAAGGGGGGGCCUCUCCCCGUCAAUAUUUGGAGUGGCACGAGGGGACGGAUCCGCCUGCCGCCUCCACUCUGCGGGCGAAGUGACCUUCCCGGCCCGGGAGGAGCUCAGCAUCAUAAAGCGCCAGGCCGGCGGAGAAGGAGGCGCAGAGAGACGGGCAGGAGGGAGAGCGGAGGGGCAGCCGCGGGGGCGGGGGGCACAGCUUGGCAUGGCGCAGGUAGGGAGAGGGGGACCCCCCCUCCAGGGCCCCUCACGGGAUGGGCAGGAACUUGGGGGGAGGGAGGGGGGCUUCUCCGCCUGCCUGCCUGCCCCCCUCCCUCCGUGCCACAUGUCCCUCCCUCCGGCAGCCUCUUCCCUGGCACAGGCUGGCGCUGCUCUGGAGUCCCAUCCUGGCAAACAGAGCGUCUCUUUUGGGGGGGGGGAGUUGCUGAGUUGGGCCCCCCCCUUUUAAACUUCCUGUUUUCACAUGCAGUAGUCGCACCUCCAGUUAAUCCUGCAGGGUUUGGGGAGCCUGCAAGGGAGGAGGAGGAAGCUCCUGGCAUUGUAGAAAAGGGAGGGACCCCCAGUGGGCAUCCAAACCACCCCCUGCCAGGGAGGAAUGGCAACUGAAGAGCCCCUGGCAGGCAGGCAGGCAGCUAGCCGACUUCCAGAAACCUGCAAUGGAGGAGAGAGAAGCACAGAGUCCCAGAGGUUUCUCCUGCAAAGCUCCUCUCCUGCCUCAUAGAGGGACCUCAAUGGUCAUCUAGUCUGACCCCACCCAAGGCAGAGCCGCUGACCCUGGAGAAGAGCAGUCGGGCUCAGCAGGUGGAGCUUCUGCAGGUGGGAGAGGGGCGUAGGGCGCAGGGGGGUCUCUCUCCUUCCCCUCUCAGCCUCUGGGCUUCUUCCGCAGCCGGAGCAGGAUGGGCACAGCCCCACGUCGCCCACCUUUGGGGGGCAGAAGGCGGCCGAGGAGGAGGAAGAGAAGGACCUGAGCAAAGCCCUACGGGUGGAGCGCUUUGAGGAGAUCCUGCAGGAUUCGCACCCGCGCAACGUGGAGGAGGCUGGGCGGAGCUACAGCGAGGAGGACUUUGAGUGUGAGUUUUGGGGGGGAAGCAAGGAGGGACCAAGGCCAAGGGGCGGGCGGGGUCUCCUGGGGGGCUCCAGAGCUUGGGGGGGGCUUCUCUUGCCCUUGGAAGAUGUGGCUGAAGAGGCAGGAAUGGGCAGAGUGGGUGGGGGGGAGGAAAUGGGGUGGGGGGGAGAAUGCAGAUCUAUUAUUUAUUAUUAUUAUUAUUAUUAUUAUUAUUAUUAUUAUUAUUAAUCUUAUACCCUGCCUCUUCCCCUGGCAGGGAUUCAAGGCAGCUUAAAAAUAAAAAUAAGGACAGCUAAAAACAUUGCUGGGGGGUAAUCAAUCAUUAACAGAUUGACAGAAUUAAAGCUAUACUAUGUACAUUUAAAAACCGGACCAUAAAGGCACCAGGGCUCCAGCCCCGGCUGGAAAGUGAGGCUGGCGCCUUCUAGAUGCCAAGCAGGUGUCCGGCACAUUCAGGUGGGUCUGUGAGUGGUGGCUGAGUGGAGCACCAGUGUCCUGAGGAAGUCUAUCUCUGGGUCCGGGGGGGGGGGGGUCCCCUUUGCCCGGCCUCCUAGGCCUGCCCUGCUUGUCCCGGGAAUCAUGGUGGCCAAGGGAAGACCGCCUAGUCUCAGAAGGGCCCUCCUGGGGCCAUCUAGUCCAAGGAUGGCAGCUGGGGGGGGGGGUCUUGAAGACCCUCUCAUGACCAAGGCUGUGCCUGGAUUCGCUUCCUUUUAUUAGAAUCCUUGAAUUGUGGGGUUGGCAGGGACCUCAUGGGUCAUCUAGUCUGACCCCUUGCAAGGCAGGAAUCUGCAGCUGCCCCACAUGGGGGUCAAACCUGCAACCUUCACAUUAUCAGCACCAGGCAACGGGGCUUGGCAGCUUUCUCUUUGUACUUCUUCCUCGGUUUCUUUCUUUUCCUUCCUUUCUUUCUUUCUUUCUCGCUUUCUUUUUUAGUUUUUUCUUUAGACUUUUAAAAUUUAUACAUUUCAUUAGUUUUACAAUCAAUUUGACGUUCCAAAAUUUGACUUCCUUCCCUCUUUCGCUGCGGCUCCUUAAAUUUAUUUCUUAAUAUCUUCUGCAAAUCCAAGUUCAUUUAACAUGCUCAUUUAAUUAUCUGCUGUAAAUAUAUGCUCUUAUAAAACUGCAGGUUAUUACACUAAUCCUGCUAAUGUUUUAUCUGUUUACAAUUUAUCUGUCAAUAUUCAAUAAACCAUUUCCAUUCUUUUAUUUAAAAAAAUUAUCUUGAUUUCUUAUUCUUCCGGUAAGUUUCACCAUUUCGGUAUAUUCCCUAAGUUUUUGCAUCCAUUCUUCCUUUGCUGAGACUUCUGCUUCUUUCCAUUUUGGGUGCAAGCAGUGUUCUUGCCGCUUUAGUUGCAUACAUAAAUAAAUUUCUAUACAAUUUAGGUAGUUCUGUCCCUAUCAUUCCUAAAGAAAAGCUUCUGGUUUGUUUCUUUAUAUAAAAGUUAUUUUGAACAUCCUUUUCAAUUCAUUAUAUAUCAUUUCCCCGUAAGCUUUGACCUUAUUACAAGACCACCACAUAUGAUAAACCCAAUUUCCCAGUUCUUCUACUUGGGCAAUCGGUUCUUUCCUGUUGGUGAGGACCACAUCCAGGACAGAUAACCCCCUUCUUGCUUCUUCCACCUUCUGUUCCCCCCCCCAAUUUUUUUAUUCAUUUUAUAACAUAACUAAACAACAGAAACAGAAAAACAAUACAAACAAAUUCUUGUCUUAUCCUUAUUUUUUCCUAAACAUUGUUAGGUGGGCUUCCCCAAGUCCCCCCUAUCUGAUUUUCAUUCUACCUCAUCUUUAGCAGUUUACAUAUAUCAUAAUUUUUAACCAUUUUUUUUAAUCACACUUACUUUUACCAUAAAAAUCUUCACAUUUUAUCCCUUACAAAUAAUACUAUUUUAAAAUACACUAUCUUCUACUUCUAACCCUACAGCCUAUAUCCACUUCCAUAGCUAUUCUAAGGUUUAAAUAUUAACAUAUUUUUUCAACUAUUCUCCAAACUUCUUCCAGUCUUCUUCCACUGUCUCUUCUCUCUGGUCCUGGAGUCUCCCGGUCAGUUCGGCAAGUUCCAUAUAGUCCAUCAUCUUCAUCUGCCAUUCUUCGAUAGUUGGUAAAUCUUGUUUCUUCCAAUUCUUCGCUAGCAAUAUUCUCGCAGCUGUUGUGGAAUACAGAAAAAAAGUAACAUCCUUUUUGGGCAUUUCACCCCCCACUAUACCAAGUAAAAAGGCUUCUGGUUUCUUAAUAAAUGUGUUUUUCAACACUUUUUCCAGUUCAUUAUAAAUCCUUCCCCAGAAGUCCUUUACUUUGGGGCACGUCCACCACAUGUGGUGAAAGGUUCCUUCUUUUUCCUGACAUUUCCAGCAUUUGUGAUAAAUUUUUGCUAACUUCACUGGUGUUAAGAAGCAUUUGUGAUUCUGGGCCGGCUUCCUGGAGGCCCCCUCCUCCCCAGAAUUGCCCCCCCAACGCCGCUUGCCGCUUCUCCCCGCAGACCACCGCCAGUCGUCCCACCACAUCCACCACCCGCUGUCCAGCCACCUUCCCUCGGACCCCCGGAGGAAGAAGGGCGUCUCCAGGAAGGCCAAGAAGAAGAAGAAGGAGAAGCAGCCGCAGCCGCAGCGCCCCUCCGUCCCCGGGGAGACCCCCACCAUCGAGGAGGAGGAGGAGGAGGAGGCCGAGGAGGGGGAGGAGGAGGCUGACGAGGACACCUGCGACACCGAGACGGAGCAGGCCCCUGAGGACCUGAUGCUCCUGCACGGCUCUCCAGAGGGGGUGCAGGUAGGUCGGGGGGGCAGGAGGACGUGCUCAGAAGGACGGCACGGACCGGCAGCAGUUCAGGCAGGGAGGCUGUUUCCACCAGUCUGCGAUCCCAGAAUUGCAGGGGUUGGGCUGGAUGACCCUCGGGUCCCUUCUGACUCUACGAUUGGAUGCCCACCAGUCAGGGAUUCUGGAGCUGUGAUUCCGGCAUCGCAGGGGGUCAGACUAGAUGGCCCUCAGGUACACCUUCCAACUCGACAUUUCUACAAGGAAGGAGAUUCUGGCUCAACUCUGAUGCCAGUGGAGGAUCUCUCCUUGCUGGGAGACUUCCUGGGAGAGCUGGGACGGCCCUUUGCCAGGGAGGCUUCAGCUGAGAUUCCUGCAUUGCCGGGGGUUGGUCUGGAUGACCUUUGGGGUUCUCUCCCGACUCAGCAAUUCUACAAUCCCAGGACAGGCUGGGGAUUGAUCCUCUGAGCUAUGACCAAGGCCAUCCCCCCCCAUCCCCCCCGGAGCUCAGGAUGGUGGUGGAAGUGGCAAAGGGGUUUGUAAGUUCAUAGAACUGUCGUGUUGGAAGGGACCCAAGGGUCAUCUAGCCCAACCCCUUCAAUAAUAAUACUGUAAUAAUAAUAAUAAUAAUAAUAAUAAAUUUUAUAUACACCCCGCCCUCCAGAGCCAAUGUGGUGUAGUGGUUAAGAGCGGUGGACUCGUAAUCUGGGGAACCGGGUUCGCGUCUCCGCUCCUCCACAUGCAGCUGCUGGGUGACCUUGGGCUAGUCACACUUCUCUGAAGUCUCUCAGCCCCACUCACCUCACAGAGUGCUUGUUGUGGGGGAGGAAGGGAAAGGAGAAUGUCAGCCGCUUUGAGACUCCUUAAAGGGAGUGAUAAAGCGGGAUAUCAAAUCCAAACUCCUCCUCUUCUUCUUCUUCUUCUUCUUCUUCUUCUUCUUCCCCAGCCAAGACUGGGCUCAGGGCGGCUAACACCAAAUAUAAAACAAUUGAUUGAAAUACAAAGACACCAUCCCCUGCGGGACCCCAUCCAAGCCUCCAAGGAGAGCCCACCUUUUCUCGAGGGAGACCAUCCCACCACCAGCAUCUCUUGCUCCUUCCUGGCCGCGGAAGGCCGAGGAGGGGAGGGGAGCCCCCCAGCCCCAGCCCCUGACCCCCCGCUUCUCUCCCCUCAGUUCUUCUUGCAAGAGGACGAUGGAGUAGACCGGCCGGCGGAGGGGGCAGCCAGCCCCACGAUGCCCCAUAGCUCCUCAACGGACUCUGGGGGCUCCCCAGCUCCCAAGGGGGCCAAAGCAGGCAGGUGAGUGAGGGCCGGGGGCUGGUGGGGGCCUGAAGGGAGGGGGUCCAGAGGAAGGAGGGGGUCUGCCCUGAGCAGCAGAUUUCAGCUGGGGGGGGAGUGCAGGGGGUGGGAGAGGGUUUGGGGCACCUCCUCCCUCCUGGGGGGUCCCUGAAAGAAGGUCAGCUCUGGCUCAGGGGCUGGUUGAUUCUCCCUGCGUGAAGUGGGGAGGGGUCUCUCCCCACAGCAUCUGAAAUCAGGCUAUUUGUUGCAUGAAAUCAUGUGCUGCUUGAACGUCUUUUUUGUUUAAUCGAUACUUUAUUGAAAGGUUUUCAUGUAUAAAAGAAAAAUCAAGAGAGAGAGAAAAGAAAAGAGUGUGGAAAAAGAAAGACAGAGGAGAAGACAGAAAACAUGCAGAACGCACAGUGCAAUAAUUAAGUCCCUUUCCUUUCUAUAGAUUAUUCUAUAGAGAAGUGAUAUAAUCAUCCUAAUCUAUAUAUGGUCACUAAUAACCCCCUCGAUUCCGUAUAAACUCGUUUCAGGUAUCAAUAUAUAUGUCCAAACCAAGGGAGUCGGUUCAUCAGUUGCAAGUGUGGUCAGUCUUUGGAGUCACACGUUAAGAAACCCUCAGAGCCGUUUCCCAAAGACAAGAAUGACCAACCGGGAGGCUUCCUAAAAGUUGAAACCGACUAGAAACAGAAUUAAAACUCGCUGCCGGUUUUUGAGCGUCUGGCCAGGCCUGUCUGAGCAAGAAGGUUCUUAGCGGGCGCUGAAAAGAGAGCAGGGAAGGCACCUUGAGAUCCCUAGGCAGGGAGUUCCAAAGGUUAUAGGUGCUGCCACCCUGCAAGAUUGGCAGUUGUGCGGCACCCGUAAGAGUGCCAGUUGUGCCGAUUGAAGCGGCCAAGCGGGCAGGUCUGGGGCAAGGCGAUUUCGUGGGGAAACCGGUGCCCAGUUGUUGAGGAAAAGGAGGUUCCCCUCACUUUAUGCCAGCGCGGUGCCCGCCUGUGAGUCUGCCUCUCUCACAGCUCAGAUGCCGAGGAACCCGUGGGCACGGAGGCGCCCAGCAUGGCCGAGGCGGGCUCCCCUGGGAGGGCGCUCUCCAAGUCCCAGCCCGGGCACCGCAGCUACAACCUCAACGAGCGCCGGCGCAUCGGCAGCAUGACGGGCAUCGAACAGACCCGCUACCCCAAGGUGCCCACAGAUGAGUCCGAGGCCCAGACCCUGGCCUCCGCCGACCUGGACUUCAUGAAGAGUGAGUGGCGGGGGGCAGGGCGGGGGGAGCACAGGGGAGGAGGAGUCCUGGGUGCGAAUCCGCCAGCUGGGAUGCCCUCUGGCUGCCUGGCACCAGACUCUUUCUCAGGCAAAGCCAUGAAACCAUUUUUGGCCUGUUAAAGCUGCUAUUAGGAUUAUUUUUUAUGCUUAUUAUUUAUUAUUGAUGCUCCAUCAAAUGUGUUCUUAAUGGGAUCUUUUGAUAAAGGGCAGUAUGUACAGUAUUAGUAUUCUGGCAGUGGCCUACCUGGCGGGGGGGGGGUCGUGCAGCAGAGUAUAAAGGGCUUUGUGAGUUGCCGUAUUUGUCGCUCCAUAAGACACACUUUUUUCCUCCUUAAAAGUAAGGGGAAAUGUCUUAUGGAGCAAAUGUGUGGUCCCUGGAGCAGAAUUGCCAGGGGCAAAAAGCAGAUUAUGCUCUUUUUUUUCUUUUUUUUUUGAAAGAGGGAAGGGGGUGUUGAAACAAAGCCACUGAUUGGAAACAGGAAGACUAAAUCAAUUAGGAGAGAAAUUAGAAGAAAAGGAGGAGCAAAAACCUGCUAAGGAAAAGACAGUAAGGCAAACAAGAGGGAAGGGAGUGUUGAAAGGAAGCAGCUGAGCAGCUGGUCAGCAAGCGAUCGGGAGGGAGAUAAGGGACUCUAGAGAUAAAGGAGGCUGCCUGGGAGAGGGGAGGUAAAAGCCCAUGGAUCCUCAGGAUUUUUGCAUUGGGUCACCCCAAAUUCACCAUCAGAACACAUGUUUGUGGCCACAGCAUGAACCACAAAAAUCAUACACCCACUGUUUGGUUCAGAAUAUUUUUUCUUGUUUUCCUCCUCUAAAAACUAGGUGCAUCUUAUGGUCAGGUGCGUCUUAGGGAGAGAAAUACCGUAGUCUGUCAGAGGCACUUCUGAGCCAGACACGUUUGUUGCAUCCCAGUCUUUUGUGGGCUGCAGAGAGUGGCCUUCCUGGGACGCAGGAAGCACUAAUAAUAAUAAUAAUAAUAAUAAUAAUAAUAAAAAUAAUAAUAAUUUUUAUUCUGGGCGGCUUGCCUUUGCUGGGAAUAUCUCUCUCUCCAAAGGCAAAAAGCUCCUUGUGAUUAUAGUAAAUAAAAGUAAACCAGGGAGAAGAAAAAGGAAAGAAUAGAAAACAGAAAGAGAGGUAGAGAAUACUGGUACAUUAAGAAACAUUUUUAAAAACAGAGGGUAACAGCACUAACAAAGUAACCAUUAAACAGAAUUACGGCUACAAAACUAUAUAGUAUAUCCCAGGCUCCCUCAACCUUCAGCCCUCCAGAUGUUUUGGUACUACAAUUCCCAUCAUCCCUGACCGCUGGUCCUGUUCGCUAGGGAUCAUGGGAAUUGUAGGCCAAAAACAUCUGGGGGGCUGAGGUUGAGGAAGCUUGGGCUAACCUUUCACCAUCCGUGGCAUGGAGGGGGGCUUUUCCGCUGGCUGGAUGUUCCUUCCUUUAAUUCUGCCCCUUCGAAUCCUAGAAGGGAAGGGACCCCCAAGGGGCAUCUAGUCCAACCCCCCGAAAGGCAGGAGUGGAUUUUUUCAAACUGACAAAUGACCCAGCUGCAACACAACAGCCCUGCGGUGUUGCCAGGGGGUCUCUGGCAGUCAAAUCGGGAAACUUUUUUGCACAGAAGAGGGAAAGUGGGCAGGAGGUCCAAGCAGAACACAGAAUAUUCUGAGCCCCAAAACUGGGCUCCUCCUAGUGGCUGUCAUCAUUCUGGUUUACUCGCAAGCCUGGCCUGGAUCCCUGGGGGUCUUCCUCCCCUAUCUUUGGAGGGAGGGACCCCAGGCUCUUUCUGACCAAUGGCGUGCCAGCGCCUGGGGCUGAGGUGCUUCACCUGUCUCAGGUGGCACCUGAAGAGGCUGGAAUGGAUGUAGGGGAGCCGUGAGGAGGACGGAUCAGGGCCUUUCUCUGCACCCCCCACUCAGGGCCUUCUGUCCUUCCACCCCGCAGGCCACAGGUUCGAGGACGUUCCUGGGGUGCGGCGACACCUGGUUCGGAAGAGCGCCAAAGGCCAGGUGGUCCACAUUGGCAAGGACCGCAAGGAGCCCAGCGCCCGGCAGAGGAAGCAGGACCGGCAGCCCCACGAGGUGAGCAAGGGGGGGGCGAUUUGUGGCCUGCGGGGGGGCAAGAGGCAGAGCCGUAGCUGGGUGAUCUCGCGCCCCUGGCAGGACCGUCCAGAUUGCGCCCCCUAGGGAAUGUGGCACAGGGAAAACCCACAUAUCAUGUAAAAACCCUCUAUUUAAGACUUUUUCUUAUGAGGCAAUAAUUGAUAUUUUUAUAGACAUAUUUGUGGAAAUAUUUUUUAUAUAUAUAAUUUUUUAUUCGUUUUUUAACAUACCAUUUUCAACAGUAAUUAAACAUAUUUUUACAUCUUAAUUUUUUUGACUUCCAUCAAAAAUAUUUAUGGAAAUAUUUUUAGCAGAUUUUGUACCCGCUGGUGGGGGCCUUCCUUGCCACCCCCUGGCAAGAAGCUGUGGGAAGGAGGGGGUGCAGCCGGCGGGCUGAGGGACCACUGGGGCAAACUGGACGCUGGCCCCCGAUGUUGUAGGGCUAUCAGAGACCCCUAGGUUGGGGGGUCUUCUUCCUCCACCUGCCACUUGCUCCCCACAAAUCCAGGCCUUGGGGUGCGGGGGACCUGUGGUGUUUCUGAGCCUGGGGGGCUCAGCGACACCCCCUUGCAGAAAGAGGAAGUUCCUUGGCCAUCACCCCAAAUUCUCCUGCCCCCCCCCCAAGUUCUGAUCUGGGCUGUUAGUCAGAAUCAGAGGCCGCAAGUAUUUCUGAACCCCAUUUCUGGAAAGCACAGGCGGGGGAGAGGGCUGCUCUCGUGUUUGAAUCCUGCGUCCGAUCAGCCCUUGCGAGGACAGGAGCCUGGAUUCUGUGGGUCUCCUUGGCCCUGAUCCAACCAGCGCUCUUCCUUAUAAAAGGAUGUCACAUAGAGGAGGGAGAAAGGUUGUUUUCUGCUGCUCCAGAGAAGCGGACACGGAGCAAUGGAUCCAAACUACAAGAAAGAAGAUUCCACCUAAACAUUAGGAAGAACUUCCUGACAGUAAGAGCUGUUCGACAGUGGAAUUUGCUGCCAAGGAGUGUGGUGGAGUCUCCUUCUUUGGAGGUCUUUAAGCAGAGGCUUGACAACCAUAUGUCAGGAGUGCUCUGAUGGUGUUUCCUGCUUGGCAGGGGGUUGGACUCGAUGGCCCUGGUGGUCUCUUCCAACUCUAGGAUUCUAGGAUUCUAUUCUAUGAAAUACAUAGAUGAUAGAUAGAUGAUAGAUAGAUAGAUAGAUGAUAGAUAGAUAGAUAGAUGAUAGAUAGAUUAUUGAGAGAAUUCAACAUUAAUACAUUUAUACAUACAUAUUACAGAAAUACAAACAAACAUACAUUUCAUACAAUCCUUAAAAAUAUUCUUACAAACCCACACUCAAUCCCGCACAUAAUUCCUUUUCCCACCACCAUCCCUGUGCUAGACUUCUACUCAAUUGCAAUUUCUUUCCAUUUCUAUUACUUACUUUCACACACUAUUAAACCAACUUUCUACUUCUUUUUCUGUUAUCCAUAUUAUUUGGUGUUUCGGUAUUUAUAACGGAACUUGUUUAUUCCAAUAGGAGUUCUGGUUUUUCAAUGUGAUUUUGCAAAUAUCCUUUAAACACCUUCCAGUCCUUGUCUAUCUUCUCUUUUGAGAUCCUUCCGAUCUCUAUGUUUGGGACAUAUUGUAAUACUCCAAUAAUUGGGCAAGCCACUCUUCCCACUCUCUGACCCUCUCCGCCCGGCCCAGGUCUUUGUGGAGCUGAACGAGCUGAUUGUCGACAAGAACCAGGAGAUGCAGUGGAAGGAGACGGCGCGAUGGAUCAAGUUUGAGGAGGAUGUGGAAGAGGAGACGGAUCGCUGGGGGAAGCCCCACGUGGCCUCGCUCUCCUUCCGGAGCCUCCUGGAGCUGCGCAGGACCCUGGCUCACGGUGGGCAGGGCAGAGGGGCACCGGGAGAGGGCAGGCUCAUUCAUAGAGUCAGAAGGGGCCCCCCAAGGUCAUCCAGACCAACCCCCUGUAAGGCAGGAAUCUCAGCUGAAGCCUCCAUGGCAGAGGGCCAUCUAGUCCCCCUGCGAUGCCGGAAUCACAGCUCCAGAAUCCCUGACCGGGGGGCAUCCAAUUGUAGAGUCAGAAGGGACCCCUGAGGGUCAUCCAGACCAUCCCAGCACUGCUUAAAGGCCUCCCAGGAAGGAGAGGCUGCUCCACUGUCACCAGAGUUGAGCCGGAAUCUCCUUCCUUGUAGAAAUGUCAAGUUGGAAGGGGUACCCAAGGGCCAUCUAGUCUGACCCCUGCAAUGUGAGAAUCGCAGCUCCAGAAUCCCUGACCGGUGGGCAUCCAAUCGUAGAGUCAGAAGGGACCCCUGAGGGUCAUCCAGCCCAACCCCUGCAAGGCAGGAAUCUUUUGCCUCCAGCUCCUCUUCCCAUUCCCCUGUUCCAACUUUUAAUUUGGAGCCUGUCUUUCCGGAUUGUUACACGCAAACCCAAAAUAUACUGUGCAACAAUUUGAUUCAAUGCCAAAAAUACGGCUUCCAAAUCAAGCCAUCAAAGAAUUCUAGAGUUGGGAGGGAACCCCAAAGGUCAUCCAGACCAACCCCCAGCAAUGCAGGAAUCUCAGCUGAAGCCUCCAUGGCAGAGGGCCUCCACUGGCAUCAGAGCUGAGCCAGAAUCUCCUUCCUUGUAACUUGUAGAAACGUCAAGUUGGAAGGGUACCCCGAGGGCCAUCUAGCCGGAAUCGCAGCUCCAGAAUCCAGUGCCCUCCGAUGAGAGGGCAGGGGGACUAUGCAGGUGGCCCAUAUGGGCAUCGAACCUGCGACCCUGGCAUUUUCUGCCCCCCCUUCAACUAGCUAAGCUAGCGGGGGAUGCCAGGUCUGGUUCUUUUGGGGUGGGGGCAGCAAGUCCAAUGCGGAAUCCCCCAGGCCCCCUGGGGAGCUGUGGAACUCACUGCAGCAGGAGGGGCUGGGUGGAAAUGGGGCUCAGUGAAGAACUUUUCGGGGGGGGGUCUAUGGGACAGACCCUUGUCCCCCGGCUAGUGCCCCCUCGCUCUCUCUCCCCAGGGGCCGUCCUCCUCGACCUGGACCAGAAGACCCUGCCAGGGGUGGCACACCAAGUCGUGGAGCAGAUGAUCAUUUCGGACCAGAUCCGAGCGGAGGACCGCGCCAACGUGCUGCGGGCGCUGCUCCUCAAGCACAGGUGAGGCAAGCGGGGGGUGGGGGGCAGUUUCUGGCUCCUCCUCCUGCCAGCUCUUGCAUCAUAUAGACAGCAUGGCAGAGUGGGUAGAGCAGCCUCUCUCUCUGCCUUGGGUCCCUGGGUGUGGCACUCCCAUCGUCCCUCUCUAGCAGAACCGUCGGUUGGGAAUGAUGGGAGUUGUACUCCAACAGCACCCAGGGACCAAAGGUUUGAGUGUCAGGCCAGGAUCUGGCAGGGACCUGGGUUCAAAUCCUGACACACGGCCAUGAAACUCAGUGGGUGACCCUGGAAGCCAGUCUCCCUCAGCCUGACCCACCUCACAGGGUUGUUGUUUAAUUAUUAUUAUUAUUAUUAUUAUUAUUAUUAUUAUUUAUUUGCUGAAGUUUAAUUUUACUGUUUACUAUUCUAAUGGAUUCUGGAAUAUUGCUUUGUUUGAUAGAAGUUGCUUAUAUUGUGGCUUUUAUAUUGGAUCAUAUGGGUACUAUUAAUGUUUGAAGUUUUAUUAUGUUUUUAUGUCUUGGAAGCCCCCCCAAGUGACUUGGGCAACCGAGCCAGAUGGGUGGGAUAUAAAUGAAUUUUAUAUAAUAAUAAUAAUUUAUUAUUUAUACCUGGCCCAUCUGGCUGGGUUUCCCCAGCCACUCUGGGCGGCUUCCAACAGAAUAUUAAAAUACAAUAACCUAUUAAACAUUAAAAGCUUCCCUAAACAGGGCUGCCUUCCGAUGUUGUUGUUGCAAAGAUAAAGACGGGGGGGGGGGCAAUGGAGGAAAUAAGGGUAGCAGAUAAGGUUCAUACUAUAAUCCCAGGGAGGAUUCCCUUGGCUUGGUGGGUGUCUGCAGCAAGGGGGGGCAUCCUUGCAAGCCCCCCCAGCGCCCCCCAGAUGGAGCCCCCUUCCCUGACGCGCUGGUCUUCCUCGCAGCCACCCCUCGGAUGAGAAGGAGUUCUCCUUCCCGCGCAACAUCUCGGCCGGCUCCCUGGGCUCCCUGCUGGGCCACCACCACAGCGCCAACCACGUCGGCGAGGGGGCCGAGCCCACCGUGACCGACCCCCUCAUCGGGGGCCAUGCCGGGGAGCACGAGACCCGGGUGGACAUCGAGAAGGAGGUGAGAGGAAGUGGGGAAGGGACCCCCAAAGGCCAUCCGGCCUGACCCCCCGCAAUGCAAUGCAGGAAUCCCUGCUGGGGGGGGUGGCGGGGGGGGCUGGGCACCAAGGAUGUGCAGCAGCCAGCUAAGUCUCCCCACCUUGCUUCUCUCUCUCCCCGCCCCCCACCCGGGGGUCUCUGCAGCGCGAAGUGGCGUCCCCCACGCUCCCCGGUCCCAUCACCAGGUCCAAGUCGAAGCACGAGCUGAAGCUGCUGGAGAAGAUCCCCGACAACGCAGAGGCCACCGUGGUUCUUGUGGGUAAGGGAGGGGCAGAGGGGGAGAGUCUCGGGGGGGCAGAGAAUCAUGGAAUCGUAGCCUGGAAGGGACCCCCCAGUAUUUAUUUACAGUGGUACCUUGGUUCUCAAACUUAAUCCGUUCCAGAAGUCCGUUCCAAAACCAAGGCGUUCCAAAACCAAGGCACACUUUCCCAUAGAAAGUAAUGCCAAACGAAUUAAUCCUUUCCAGACUUUUAAAAACAAACCCUGGAAACAGCAAUUUAACAUGAAUUUUACUAUCCAACGAGACCACUAGUCCAUAAAAUGAAAGCAAUAAUCUAUGUACUGUGCUAUAGAAUAAAUAAGACAGUACAGUCAUACCUCGUGUUGCGUUUGCUUCAGGCUGAGCGUUUUCAGGUUGCGUCCCGUGGCGACCCAGAAGUAACGGAACGGGUUACUUCUGGGUUUUGCCGCUCGUGCAUGUGCUCAAAAUGACAUCACGCGCAUGCGCAGAAGCUGUGAAUCGCGACCUGUGCAAACACAGGUUGCGUUCUGCUCAAGUUGCGAAGGGGCUCCGGAAUGGAUCCCGUUCACAACCAGAGGUACCACUGCAUUGUAGAUGAUAAAAAUUAAAAUUACCGCAUUUUUCUGUGUAUAAGACUAUAUUUUUCCCUAAAUUUUUGAAGUUUAAAGUAAGGGGUCGUCUUAUACACAGAUAGUGCAUAGUGCAUUUUCUUAAGUUUGAAUCCCCAAAAAUAGGGGGCAUCUUAUACAUAGAAAAAUACCCCCAAAAAAAUUCUUACCUGCACUGAUGAUAGUCAUUGUUUGGAUGGGGGAGGCUUUUAUCCAUUUCCGAAGUCACAUAAUCAAUCAGUAGCUGAACUGGGUUCCACACAGUCACAAAAACAAAUUAAUUGAAAAAGCCUCAAAAACAAAAAGGCAAAAUAAAUAGCAAAAACAAAAGCGCCAAACUUAAUCAGGGAUAGGGAAUAUCACAGAAUUGUUGGAAGGGAUCCCCUCAGAGCACAGGAGAACUAGGAAUCACAGAAAGGACCCCGAGGGCGGCGUCCAAAAUUCACCAGGCAUACCGUAUUUUUCGUUCUAUAAGACGCACUUUUCCCCUCCUAAAAAGUGAGGGGAAAUGUGUGUGCAUCUUAUGGAGCGAAGGCAGGCGGGAGGCUCUGCUCAGCGCUCCCUUUAAAGAGCUGCGUGGAGCAUGUGUGCGGCUCUUCUCCCUCCCCGGGGAAAAGCCCCCAAGAGCCGCACCCACGCUCCGUGCGUUCUUUAAAGGGAGCGCGGCUCUUGGGGGAGCCUUAGCCAUGCACAGCCUCUCCCGGGCAGGGGAUGGAGGCUCCCCUUGCCCAGGAGAGGCUGCGCGCGGCUAAACAAUAAGCCAGGACAGCCAACUAGCGUCUUAUGGUCUGGUGCGUCUUAUAGAGCGAAAAAUACGGCGCUUUGCGCCUGGCUAUUUGCUGCUUGUGGCCAAGUGAAGAUGCCCGGUUGCCAGGAUAGUGCCUGACGUUUCCACCAUCUGGAGAUGCAGAAUCCUGUCCAUUCUCUUUUAUCUGCACAAUCAGAACCAACAAGUCAGAUUGGAAAAUACGACUUUGGAGCUCUAUUUGGGCCCCCAAAUGGCAACUAGGCAUUCCGUUUUGGCGCCUGUCAGCCUGGUUUAUGAAACCAUUUGGCUCCUGGCUACAUCUCUGCAUGAGGUGGAAGGACGGAAGAUUCAGGACAGGUACAAGACCUUCUGCAGCGCUGAGUUGAAGUGCCCGUUCCUGCCCAUGCAAGGGGGCAUCUCGGCUCAAGCGCCCCUGGCAGGAGGCCGUCCAACCUCUGCUCCCAAACCUGCCAGGCAGGAGAGCAUCUCGAGGGAGACGGUGCCAGGGCUGCCACUGUCCCAGAGCGCUGACUGUCAGGAAGCCCUCCUUUCUUGUGGCAAGGCUCCUGGUCCUUGGCCCCCAUCCGCUGCCCCCUCUUCCCCCGCAGGCAGCGUGGAGUUCCUGGACCAGCCCACCAUGGCCUUUGUGCGGCUGCAGGAGGCGGCGCUGAUGGACUCGGUCCUGGAGGUGCCCGUCCCGGUGCGCUUCCUCUUUGUCCUGCUGGGGCCCAGCAGCGCCAACAUGGACUACCACGAGAUCGGGCGCUCCAUCUCCACCCUCAUGUCCGACAAGGUAGGCCCCCACCCUCGCCACCCUUUCCUCCUCCUCUCCCGCGCGGCGGGCACCCCCCUCCCCGGCCUCACCCGCCCGUCUCCCCCCAGCAAUUCCACGAAGCCGCCUACCUGGCCGACGACCGCCAGGACCUGCUCCACGCCAUCAACGAGUUCCUGGACUGCAGCGUGGUGCUUCCUCCCUCGGAGGUGCAGGGCGAGGAGCUGCUUCGGAGCGUGGCCCACUUCCAGCGAGAGAUGCUGCGGCGGAGGGAGGAGCAGGAGCGGCGCCUCCUCCUGGGGGCCGCCAUGGAGCCCAAGUCCCCCGAGGAGAAAGGUAGGCGCUGGCUCUCGGGCAAAGGGACCCCCGAGGGUCACCCCGUCCAACCCCCGGCGAUGCAAGAAUCUUGCAGCCAAAGCGGGACUCGAACCCACUGCCCAAAAAUUCAGAGUCUCACGCUGUACCGACUGAGCUACCCCAGCAGCGUAGAAGAGUGAUUAUUAUCUAGUGAUUAUUAGAAUCUAGUUACUGUUAGAACUGAAUAUAUUUAUAUCCUGCCCAAGCGGGGCUUCUAAGAUGCUGGCAACAUUUAAAGGAUAAAAUUUGGAGUAAUAAUAACAAAAUAGUUAAAAACGGUAAGUUAGGUUGAGAUAGAUAAGAUAAAAAAACCUGUUAAUGGGAUUGAAAUAACACUUGUAGUUUAAUGAUGAACUUUGGACAUAAUGGAGAUGUUAAAGAUUUGGGUUAUUAUAAAAGAUGCAGGAGGAAAUGAUUAAUAAUAGGAGCCAGAAAGAGGAGGGAAGUCCAGGAGAUUCUGUGGAAUCUUGUUUCUAUAUUGUAUGUUGAUUUAUAAUUUUAAAUUUAAAAUUUGAAAAACCCAAAUAAAUAAAUAUACAAAAAUAGAUAAAAACGAUAAUCAAAAUAUAUUGCAACAUGUUCAAAACCAGCCUCAAAGCCACAGUAGCCUGGAAAGCUCUUGCUUCCCUGUGAGCCAAAAUGCAACCAGUUGAUCUGCCAUAAUGUUACCAUUAUUAUCUAAAAUAUUUAUGUCCCGGGGAUAUAUACGGGAAUGAGAGAAUUGUAGCAUCGCAGAGUUGGAGGGGCCCCCAGAGGCCAUCCAGUCCAACCCCCUGCCAUGAACACCCACUCGUUCAACACAGUUGUGGAAAUACGUUGCAGUGUUGGGCGGUCUCAAACACGCCCUCACUGCCGCCCCCUGUCUGCCCCACAGCGCUGCUGAAGGUGGAGGAGGAGGAGGAGCCGGACCCCCUCCGGCGAACGGGGCGCCCUUUCGGGGGUCUGGUCCAGGACGUCUGCCGCCGUUACCCCAAAUACCUGAGCGACUUCCGGGACGCCCUGGACGCCCAGUGCGUGGCUGCCAUCAUCUUCAUCUACUUUGCUGCCCUGUCGCCGGCCAUCACCUUCGGGGGGCUGCUGGGUGAGUGGGGGUCCAGCGCCCCACACUGAGGCGCAGAGGCCGCCCGGCCUGGCCUGGCCGGACCCCGCACUGCCUGGGCCUUUGGGGAGCUGCCCUUCCCAGGAAUUGCAGGGCUGAGGCUGGGUUUGGGGUGCUCUGGGACGCCAGCCCCGCGAGGUAGGCCAGCCCCCUCUGAGCCUUGCUCUCCCCCCAAAAAAACCCAGGUGAGAAGACGCAGGGGCUGAUUGGGGUCUCGGAGCUGAUCAUCUCCACCUCGGUCCAGGGCAUCUUCUUCUGCCUGCUGGGCGCCCAGCCCCUCCUGGUCAUCGGCUUCUCAGGACCCCUCCUCGUUUUCGAGGAAGCCUUUUUCAUGGUGAGUUUUCCCAGGGGGUUGGGGUCUCCCCCGAUUCCCUAGCAUCCCGUCUCCCCCUGGAAACUCCCCGUCGGAGCUGCGAUCCUGCAGGACCUCCUCUCCCCUCCGAAGGCCCAGGGCGGGGGGGGCGGGAUCCUAAAACCACCAGGUUGGAAAUCUCCAAACUCUGGAUUCCCUACUGCAAAGGUUUCCCGACUUUGUCCCGAUCUGGUCCUGCAGGCUCAGCGUCGGUCUGGUUUGAGCAAGAAAGCGCAACCAGGUUAGAGAAAACCCUUCAAGUAGGGUUUUGGUAUUUCCUUAGCAAGAGGGACCCCUAGAGGUCCUGUAGUCCAACCCACCCCUGCAAUGAAGGGGUCACAGCUCCAGGAUCCAUGGCUGGUGGCCUCCCAACCUCUUUGCCCACCGAAUCAGUCUCCCACUAGAAGGGGGGCUGGGCCCUUGCAGCCUGAUGGCUGGUUCUCCCUAGAGGAGGAGAGAGAGAGAGAGAGAGAGAGAGAGAGAGAGAGAGGUGGACGGGUGCCCCCACCCAGGACUGUGGGGAGGGGAGCCCUGGAGGACACCCCUCACUGCCUGUCCUUCCCCCCACCCCAGUUCUGCACCUCGCAGGGUCUGGACUACCUGGUGGGUCGCGUCUGGAUCGGAUUCUGGCUCAUCCUGAUUGUGCUGGUCAUGGUGGCGUUUGAGGGCAGCUUCCUGGUGCGCUAUGUCUCUCGCUUCACCCAGGAAAUCUUUGCCUUCCUCAUCUCCCUCAUCUUCAUCUACGAGACCUUCUUCAAGCUUAUCAAGGUCAGUGGCGGACCCACAUUUGGGGGGCCCUGAAGCUCGGAGCGUAUGAGGGGGACCCCAAGGCCUGGGCAGCCCCUGCAAGCUUCUUCCACAGAUUUCUGCAGCAUAUUUUGUUCUUCUUCAUUUGGAGUCUAAUAUAUUUAUUGUUGUUUUCUUCUUGUUUUUUCGAGUUCACUGUUGCAUUUUCUGCGUUUCUUUUGGUAAUUGUAAAUGUUGAAUCAAAACCUGCUAAUGAGUCCAUCUCUCUACAUUGUUUCUGUAGGGAUAACAUAAAUGGUUCCCAGUCUUUCUUAAAGUCUCUGUUCUCCUUAUCUCAUAGUCUUCCAGUUAAUUUAGCCAUUUCAGUGUAUUCCAUCAAUUUUUCUUGCCAUUCUUUUGUUGGUAUUUCUUCAUUUUUCCAUCUUUGGGCUAACAGAAUCCUAGUUUUUUCUUCUCUUUUGGCAACUCUUGACCUGAAAUGCCUACUAAAAACGCUUCUGGUCUUUUUAUGAAAAAGCUAUCUUAAACAUUUUUUUUUAUUUCAUUAUAAAUAAUUUCCCAAUAGAUUUUGAUUAUUUUACAAUCCCACCACAUAUGAAAAAAUGUGCCUUCUUUUUCUUUACAUUUCCAACACUUGUUGGAGCCUGUUCUAUACAUUUGUGCCAUUUUUACAGCUGUAAUGUAAUAAUGUAAUCUAUACAUCAUUUUCAUAUACUUUUCAUAUACUUCUCUUUUAACAGUAUGCAAUCAGCGAAUUCACUUUCCAUAAUUUUUCCCAGUCUUCCAUUUGUAUAUUAUCUCCUGUAUCUUGUGCCCCGGAGAGUUCAUUUUGGCAGCAGUUUGAAUUCAUCCCCAGAGGGCACACUCCAUUGUCUCUCGAGAUAGACAGAUGCCGCCACUGCCAAAAUACAUUCUCAGUGGAAAACCAGUUUAAAAGCAUUCUGUGAAACAAUAUAAAAACCAACCAAGGAAGGAUAAUGAUUCCUUGCAAGAAACAAACGGGAAAGGUUUUGUCUCUGGGCAGAUCUUCCAGGAGCACCCGCUCAACAGCUGCACCAAGGCCAACGGCACCGGCGACAUCAGCCUGGACGGCAACACCACCCUGGUCUUGGGCAACGGGACGUCCGUCCGCUCCGCGGCCAAAGUGACCGGCCAGCCCAACACGGCCCUCCUCUCGCUGGUCCUCAUGGCCGGCACCUUCUUCAUCGCCUUCUUCCUGCGCAAGUUCAAGAACAGCCGCUUCUUCCCGGGACGGGUGCGUGGCCUGGGGGGGGGAGGGUCAGGGAAGAAUUGGGCGGCCGGAGCAAGAGAACGGCCGCAAUUGCCCAGAGAGAGGAUUCCCUUAUUUGCAGGAAUAUGCACCCAGUAGAUUGUCGAAUGUUGCUUUAUUUUAUAAAGUUCCUUCCUCGGAGGUUUUUAAGCAGAGAUUGGAUGGCCCCCCGUCACCGAUUCUUGCAUUGCAGGGGGGUGAGAUGGACGACCCUCAGGGGUCUCUCCCAACUCUGCCAUUCUAUGAUAUGUUUAUAUUAAAACCUUUUAAAAUUGUGAUUAUAUAUUUUUGCGUUGGAUCGUAUUAUUACGCUGCACGUUUUGGGGUUUCUUCAGCUUGUCAACUGCUUUGCGUGCAGCAAUAGGGAAAGAUGGGGUUCAAAUUAAAAAUGAGAUGGAGGGGUGGCGAGAGGGGGCAGAGGCCUCCUGGGCAGAUGGCAGGAGGGUCUCGGGGGCACUCUGUGCACCCUCAGAGGCCCCUUGCCUUAGAGCCACAUGGUCACCAGGAACGGCUCUUGAAGGCCAGGGCUGAGCAACUCUUUCUCUCUGGGCAGGUCCGGCGUGUGAUUGGGGAUUUCGGGGUGCCGAUCGCUAUCCUCAUCAUGGUGCUGGUGGACUACAGCAUCCGGGACACCUACACACAGGUGAGCCGGCAGGUGGGCCCAGCGCCCCCAAGAAUCCUGGAAUGGAGGAGGCAGGCAGCGCUGUGCAGUGGUUACAGUGCUGGACUGGAACUGGGCAGAAACAGUUAACAAUACCAAUAAUAAGAAUGAUACCAACAACAACAAUUUAAUUAUUUGCCGGUAUCUUGAGAGUUCCUUUUGUUGUGCAUUAUUACAUCCUAGUGGAUUAUUGUAGGGUUGGCAUAUGGAAGCCUAGAUUGCUGGAUCUUAGCAACCUCCUUCCUUGGAGGUUUUCAAGGAGAGGGUGCCUGGCUAUCUCCUUUAGUGGACAUUCCUGCAUCGCAGGGGGUUGGACUAGAUGACCUUUGGGGAUCCCUCUGCCAUUUCCCUCCCCGGAACCCCUUCCACGGUUCUCCUCUCCCUCUCGCUCACCCGCUGCCCGCCUCCUUUCUCCCCUCCCCCCCCCGCAGAAACUCUCAGUGCCCCACGGCUUCUCGGUCACGGACCCCCAGAAGCGGGGCUGGGUGAUCAACCCCCUGGGCGAGAGCCAGGCCUUCCCCGUCUGGAUGAUGGUGGCCAGUGCCCUGCCGGCCGUCCUGGUCUUCAUCCUCAUCUUCAUGGAGACGCAAAUCACCACGUGAGUCACGCCCAGGAGUGUCCCAAGGGGGACCCUUUGGCCGGGGGGGGGUCCUCUCUGGGAGCCGGGGGGGGAGGGCAGGCCAAGGGGCUUCAGGGGGCACCGGUUCCUUUCUUAAUAUUAUUUUUAUUUCAUUUAAUAAACUUAUUUAUUUGGUUUUCACUUGUAAAUUUUACAAACACCAACAUACAACAUAAAAGCAAUAUUCCCAGGAAUCUCCUGGACUUCUCCCCUUUGCGGGUCCUAUUAUUAAUCACGUCCUCCUGCAUCUUUUAUAACAGUCCAAAUAUUUCACAUCUCCAUUAUGUCCAAAGUUCAUCAUUAAACUACAAGUGUUCUCCCAACCCUACUAACGAUUUCAACUGUUUACAAUACUUUUUAAGGUAAAAUAUAAAUUUUCCCCAUUCCUUAUUUUUACGACAUGAUAAUCUUUAUUGUCAUUGUUCCAUAGAGAACAACGAAAUUGAAAAAAUCUACAUCAGACAUUCAAAACCCAACAAGCCUGCUAUUCCAGUUAUCCCAGCCUGGUCAGCCCCUAAAAACUCUGAUACCCCAUAAUUAAAUACAGUAUACUCCCACAGAGACUACCUUACACUGCAUUUAAAACCAAAAUCGCAUUUGGAUAGAAACUGUUUCUCAGGCAGCUAGUCCUAGUCUUUAUAACCCUGGACCUUCUUCCAGAAGCUGAAAGAGAUCAUUUCCGGGGUGCGCACUAUCCUGCGCUAUCUCUGCAGCUUUCUUAUGGCACCUGGAAGCGUAGAAUUGAUCCAAGGUGGGAAGAGUGCACCCAAUUAUUCUCUCCGCAGUCUUUACAACCCUGGACAGCACUGUUUUUUCCCUGGCCGUUCAGCUCCCAAACCACACGCACAGACCAUGUUAAUACACUCUCAACAGUACAAUGGUAAAAUGCCAUCAACAGGUCCUUUGAGAGAUUGUUUUUACGGAGGAUUCUCAGAAAAUAUAACCUUUGCUGUGCUCUCUUCAUCAGGUUAUUAAAAUUUUGAUCUUCCUCAUUUCGGCAUGAUCCAUCCACUUGAUCUGCCAUUCUUCUCUGUUUUAUCUUCUUUCCAUCUCUGGGCCAGUAACAUCCACGUAGCCGCGGUUGCGUACAUAAAUAGUAUUUUCUGCUCCCUUGGGAUUUUGGCUCCUAGAAUUCCUCAAAGGAAGGCCUUGGGUUAUUCUAAACUUCUGUUUUUCCAAUUCAUUAUAUAUCAUCUCCUAACCGUCUUGCCCACUUCCUCCUCGCCCCCCAGGCUGAUCAUCAGCAAGAAGGAGCGGAAGCUGCAGAAGGGCUCCGGGUUCCACCUGGACCUGCUUCUGAUUGUGGCCAUGGGGGGCUUCUGCGCCCUCUUUGGGCUGCCCUGGCUGGCGGCCGCCACCGUGCGCUCCGUCACCCACGCCAACGCCCUCACCGUCAUGAGCAAGGCCGUGGCGCCCGGGGACAAGCCCAAGAUCCAGGAGGUCAAGGAGCAGCGCGUCACCGGGCUGGUGGUGGCACUGCUUGUGGGUGAGUCGCCGGCCGGGGAAGGGGGCCCACCCCCCACAAGCACACCAGGGGCCGCUCAGGGGAGCCCGCCUGGCAGGGUGGUUGCGGAUGAGCAAGAGGAGAACCAGGAGAGAAAGGCAAAUGCAAUAAUAAGGAAGACUUCCUUGCUUUUGGGGGGGACCAGGAGUGCCCCCCUCCUCAAAGUGGCAUGGAGGACCCUGAGGGGGACCCUGAAGGAGCGUCUCCACCCCCAUCAUUCAGCCCUGACCCUGAGGUCCAGCUCUGAGGGCUUUCUGGCGGUUCCCUCCCUGUGAGGUUACAGGGAGCCAGGCAGAGGGCCUUCUAGGUGGUGGCUCCCUCCCGUCAGAUGUCAAAGAAAUAAACAACUAUCUGACUUUUAGAAGACAUUUGAAGGCAGCCCUGUUUAGGGAAGUUUUUAAUGUUUGAUGCUGUAUUGUGUUUUUAAUAUUCGGUUGGGAGCCGCCCAGAGUGGCUGGGGAAACCCAGCUAGAUGGACGGGGCAUUAAUAAUAAUAAUAAUAAUAAUAAUAAUAAUAAUAAUAAUAAUAAACUCCUGCAUUGCAGCUGAGCAGGGGGGCAGAAUUAGGCAGCUGCAUUGGCCCCUGACUGCAGCCAAUGCAGCUCAUUUCAACAUUGCUGCAUCUCACCAAACGGCGAUGUUCAGCUGGUGAUAGACCACCAUGUUGGAAACCUGACAUCGCCCAGCCCCCAGCCCCAUGCCAGAUCUGUGUGCCCUCCACCCGCCUAAUCUCUAGGAUUGCUCCCUCCCUCAGCCCCACGCCUGAUCUCCAAUUUCAGACAUAUAUUGGAAUAUCACAAUGUUUAGCUGCUGAUACGUCACUAUGCUGAAAACCAGAUAUCGCUCAGUCUGAGUCUGUUUCUUAGUAUACCUAAAAUCCUUUGCAUAUUAGGGGCUACCCCACAUUUUGUUCCGAAAAUUGCUUUGUGGAGGUAACUCCCGUAGAGUUAUCUAAAUUUUCAAAAGUAGGGGUUCCGUGGCUUGGCUUUUGAAAAAUAGGGAGUCCUCAGUAAUGAGCUAAUUGGGAACCACUGAUCUAGACACAGGGGGAAAAACGCAAUAAAUAAGUCAGAAUAAUGAAAGGGGAAAAUCUCCAUGGAAAAGUCUUAAAAUGUCCUGCUGUCUUGGGCCAUCUGGUGACUCAUUUUUAUAGUGUAAUCAAAUGGCCAGUUCGCUGAGUCCUAAGAGUUAACCCUUACAAUUCCAUAUACCAGUACCUGUCUAGGUAUUGGUUUCAUUAUCCAAAUACGUCCGUGUUUAUUUUUAAAUGACUAUAUUUUGUAUAAACGCGUCAUCGUACUUCUCCAUGCAUUCUCCAUCUUGGCACUUUACUUGAUGGAGAUGCCCCAAAGUGGGGGCAUUGGGGGAGGCAGACCCACUCCUGGGGGGGGGAUGUUGGGGUCUGGCAGGACUCCUGCUGAACCGCCCUGUUCCCCCCUCCCUCUCCAGGCCUGUCCAUCGUGAUUGGCGACCUUCUGCGCAAGAUCCCCCUGGCCGUCCUCUUUGGGAUCUUCCUCUACAUGGGCGUCACCUCUCUGAACGGGAUCCAGUUCUACGAGCGACUACACCUGCUGCUUAUGCCUCCCAAGCACCACCCGGACGUCACCUACGUCAAGAAGGUCAGAGGGGAGGGCCCUGGCCUGGGAUUUGGGGUGGGGGCAGGUGGGUCUCCCAUGGGGGGUGAGGGGAGAGGCCCAGGAGAGGCUCUUUGCACCCCAUGGAGCCCCAUUUCCCCAGGGUCCAGAGGGUCUUUCUGCCCCUGGCUCCACAGGAGGGGCCCAGAAGCAACUUCAGUCCACAUUGCUUUUUCUAAAAAAAAAAUGGGUCCAGUAGACCCAGUUUGAGCGGAAUGACUGAAACGGAUUAAUUUCUGGCGGCAUCUAUUUCAACAAUCCCAAAGUUUGAGACUCAGCGGCACAGAUGUAAAGGCGGUAAGUUGGCCGUUCUGCUGAAGAGCGCUCAGAUUCUCCCAGCAUUGUCUCCAGGAAGUGUGACAGCCAGGAAGCUCUCGGGAAGCGAAUGUGUGGCUCAGAAAAGAAUCACAGGAUUGUAGGAAGGGAACCCCAAGGGUCAUCCAGUCCAACCCCUUGCAAGGCAGGGAUCUUUUGCCCAAGGUGGGGCCCGGAAAACUGUAUGGCACGGGGCAUUUUUAUUCAGCCCAGUGACUUUGACAGGUGAGCUACUGCAGGACAGCCAUUUUCAUCAAAAUCUGAUGUAGCAGUUAAUUUUUAAUUUUUUAACGUCCGGCUCUGUCAUGGAAAAACCCCAUUGGAUAGGGAAUGGGGUGAUCCGGACCUCGUUGCUGGUUGCGAUGGGACCCCCAUCACAGUCUGAGCCUCAAAAGGCGUAGGUCUGGCCCCCCUUCUCCUGGGACCAGUUGGAUGGGAAGGCGGAGGGGGAUUCUGCCCUCGAUUGUGGGUCUUCCUUAGACGGCCGCCUGCCAGGGAUCCUGGAGCUGGAACCAGGGGUUGGGCUGGAUGACCUCCCAGGGUCCCCUUUCCGACGCUGCGCUUGUGGCCCUGCAGGUGCGGACGCUGCGGAUGCACCUCUUCACGCUGCUGCAGCUGGCCUGCCUGGCGGUGCUGUGGGCCGUCAUGUCCACGGUGGCCUCGCUGGCCUUCCCCUUCAUCCUCAUCCUGACGGUCCCCCUGCGCAUGUGCCUGCUCAGCCGCAUCUUCACCGAGAGGGAGAUGAAGUGUGUAAGUGGCCAACGCAGAGGAGUCCCCGCCGCGCGCAGAGCCCUCACAAGGCAGGGGGGAAGCGGGCUGCGCUGGCGCCUCCACUCCCGGGGAUGGGGGUGGCGGGGGAGCAGAGGCCGCCCCUUCCUCCUCCUCCCGCUGCCCCUGAGCCCCCCUCUCUUUUGCCCCACAGCUGGACGCAGCCGAGGCCGAGCCCAUCCUGGACGAGAGGGAAGGGGUGGACGAGUACAACGAGAUGCCCAUGCCCGUGUGA